ACAAGCUGUCAUAAAACAUCAUCCUCAUCCUGGACCUCCUCUUCACAUCUGAACUCUCUCCUUUUCUGCGAAAUCUUCUGCUUUGAGCUGUGAGGAAUGGCUGUGGUGUCUUGUCUGAUGUGAGAUCCAGAGUACUCUAGCAGCUUAAAGAGUUCAUCAGAGUUUAAUGAGACGCCGUGGCCCUGCAGAGCACCGGAAGGAGAUGGGAGAGGAGGGGGAGGAGGCGCAGAGGGGCCGUGGAGGGGCUCUGGUGCUGCACAGGGGGGCAGAGAAGGAGAAAACGAAAGAGCGAGGGGGAGAAGGAGCGAUGGCCACGGGAGGAAUCACCACUCUCCCGGCCAACCCAGACGAUGGGGCCAGCGGAGGAUUUCCUUCAGGGAAUUUCAAGGACCCAAAACGUUUGUACUGCAAAAACGGUGGAUACUUCCUGCGGAUAAACUCGGACGGCAGGGUGGACGGCAUUCGUGAGAAAAGCGACCCGCACAUUCGACUGCAGCUGCAGGCGACAGCUGUUGGUGAGGUGGUGAUCAAAGGCAUCUGCGCAAACCGUUACCUCGCCAUGAGCGCAGACGGACGACUGUUUGGAACGAGAAGAACAACAGAUGAAUGUUACUUCUUCGAACACUUGGAGUCGAACAAUUACAACACCUACAGAUCCCGGAAAUACCCGGACUGGUACGUGGCUUUGAAGAGAACAGGCCAGUAUAAGAGUGGUUCUAAGACCGGCCCGGGCCAGAAGGCCAUACUGUUCCUACCCAUGUCUGCCAAAUGCUGAUUGUGAGAUGCUGUCACCGCUGUUUUAAACCCGAAACAAGACUGACAGCUCACUGACGUACACACGCUUCUAACAAACCUGACAAAACCAGUAUGAGCUCAUUGGAAACACAAGUGAAAUGGUUAAAAGUCAUCUGGAUUGCUCAAAGCCAAAGUGCAGAUUUUUCAGCAAGACUCUGAUCUUGGGGAAAAACAUGCCUUGGAAACACUCUCCUUUAGCAGCUAUAUUUAGGAAAUUUUGCUCAGUACUUGGAGACCAUUGCAGGGUUUAUUUGUUCAUACAUCAGCAGGAUCCACCGAAGAGACGGUUUCGUCAAUAUCGACAUCAGUGCAAACAGAACAAAUCCCACCAAUAUGAGUUCAGACCCAACUUUCCAAAAUGCAUCAUUCCACGAAGGGCAGUCGGGUUGGUUUGAAGAAUUCAGCUGCUAUCACUUUUAGAUGGAAGACCAAAGCACUUUCUUGUAUUUGUGACUGCGGUUCUUGUUCUAAGGGAAAAGAGAUCUCACAGGGAUCUUAGAAAGGCCACAAAAUGUGAGUUUAUUUAAUAUGCUGCUCCUUAGAGGUUUUUAUUCUUCAUGCAUAAGGCUUAUAUACAGUACUUGUAGGUAUAUCUAUAUUGUGUAUUUCAUAGAAACGAAGGGAUUUUGUAAACUCGUUUUGCUGCAUUAAUGAAAGGAUGCCGAGUACAUCAUGAAUGUUUAUGUUGAACUUUAUUCUCUUUUUUAUUAUCAUCUUAGCUGAGAUAUAAACUGCUUAUAAUAAUGAAUGUCUGUUUAGUCACAUCUACCAAACAUCGGUAACAGUUUUUCAUUUUUAUAGGUACACAAUCAGUCGAAAGUUUGGACAUAAAUUUAUGUUCAUGUUGGGGAAAAGGUUUGACUGAAUUUAUGUUUCUCGUGAUCUUAAAAAACCUUUGGACCUAAAGGCUCAUGCAUAAAUUACUUUUGUUAAUAUACAUUUUGCCAAUGUAUUUCUUUAUAAAACUUAAAUUCUAAGCUAAAGUAGUGUCAUUAUUUUCUUUCAUUUGUGUUAUUUCAUAGUUUUGAUGAUGCAGAUUGAGUAGAUGCAUUCAAACUUAGGACCGGUACUGAACAUUCAAGAAGAAUAGUUUUCAUGAAACUUCAAAGCAGAUGCAUUUAGGUAUUUAGUCUGAGGUAGGUAACAUAUCACGAUACGUCAGAAACUGGUACUGGCCCAUUUGAACAAAAUCUUUCAUUUGACUCUCAUUCGGUUUCAUACACUCUUUAAAAUAAAGGUUCUUCAACAUCUCACAGAGAAACUUCUUAUGAAGAACCACGUUCUAGGUUCUUUAAAGCAUCAGUAUGGAGCUUCUUUUCUGCCAAUUGGUAAUAAGUAAAUACAAAAACCCAUUUGCCAUUUAAUUUCCACUAAGUAUGUGCCAACAUCAAAUAAAAUUAAAUAAUUGCAUUUUCAUUUUGACAACGCAUCAUCCCUGUCAAAUUCAAAACUAUAAUGCAAUUGAUGAUUUAACAUUCUAUUUUCACUGCAGCUUCAGACAAGACUGAAAUUAUUAACAUGAGAAGGUAAAUGUGAAAAUACAUUUUUUUCUAAAGCAUUUUCUUAACACAACAUUAGUGGUGGAUUUCGACUUAAAAUCCAAAAUUUUUACAUUUUCAUUUUUCAAAGUCUACUUAUAUUAAUCUACUUAAAUUAAUCCAUUUAAUAAUAAUAAUUCAACAAAAGAAAUGCUGAAGAUCUUAUUUUAAUGAGAGGAACACAGCAUGUAUCCAGAAUCUGUUUUUCAUUUUUGUUUUCAGCAUUGUAAUUAUUUAUUUAAAAUUGGCAGAAUAUGAGCUCUAUACACCAGUACAUAGAUGCUUUUCUAAAGAACUAGACAAUGAAAAGUUAAUGGGUGAAACUCAAAAGAAAUUGCCAGGACACAUUUCCCCCUAAAUAAAUACAAAUACAUAAAUAAAUAAAUAUGUCACCUAAAAAAAUAAAUAAAAAUGGUGAUAUUAUUUUCAUGACGAUUUGGCACAUUUCCACACACACACACAUAUAUAUAUACAUAUUAUUUUUUUUUUCUCCCCAAUUUGGAACGCCCAAUUCACAAUGCGCUCUAAUUCCUCGUGGUGGCGUAGUGACUCAAUCCGGGUGCAUCUGAGACCGUCAAUCUGUGCAUCUUAUCACGUGGCUUGUUGAGCCCGUUACCGCGGAGACGUAGCGCAUGUGGAGGCUUCACGCUAUUCUCCGCGGCAUCCACACACAACUCACCACGCGCCCCACCGAGAGCGAGAACCACAUUAUAGUGACCACGAGGAGGUUACCCCAUGUGACUCUACCCUCCCUAGCAACCGGGCCAAUUUGGUUGCUUAGGAGACCUGCGCUGGUGUCACUCAGCACGCCCUGGAUUCAAACUUGCGACUCCAGGUGUGGUAGUCAGCGUCAAUACUCGCUGAGCUAUACUUUUUUUAAAAAUUAAAAUCAAUAUAAAAAUGAAUUUGAAUUUGAGGGAAAUGUGUUUAAAUGUCAUGAAAGUUUUGUGACAAUGCGAACAAUCGAAAAAAAAAUGUAUUUAUGCAAAAUACAGUUUCUUACAGUUUUCCUUUGAUUUUGGGGGCAAAUGUGACCCUGCAUGUUCUUGACAGUUUUCGUAACUUCACCCUCAUGCAGCUUGUUUCUCCUGUGGUAUCCGACUGUAAAACCGUUUUUGGUUUCCAUCGGAACCUUUAGUUUUAAGAGUGUAGGGUACAAUUACAACGUCUCUCACGCCUCUGGCAGCCGUCUGUGGUGGAGUUGAUAGAGCAUGCCAGAAUACACCGCCGGCAGCUCCUCCAUUGUGAGGUCAAUGGUCUGGAAGCCCUUUUCCAAACUGUACAGUCAGGAGUGUAGAUUCUAGGGGGGAUGGGGGGAGGUAACCCCGCCCCCCCCCCUCCAAUAAUCAAAACAAGCAAGUACAACCCCCUCAGUGGUAAUACCAUGAUCAAUGGAAACAUGUAAGUGCUUCACACUGCUUUAAAGCAUCGUCAUGGCAACGAAGUCAUAAAUUUGGCUAUAGCUUUCCACAGAUGCGGUUAGUAAGUGAUGUUAUCACAGUAAAAUCAUGUUAACACACAUAUUGUUUAUGUCUUGUGUUUAUACUUUUGAAACAGUUUACAGAUUGACCCCAUUGACUUCCAUUGUAAGUGUCUCACUGGAACACACAUUUAAAGAGAAGGAGGGACGAGUCGACAUUAAUAGUUAGAUCAAAUGAUCAAGACUUUACUGAAAACUUUGGAUUUGUUUUGGGAUUCUACAAUGUGUUGUUUAGAAAGACAUUGAAUAAAUGUAACAAACACUAAUGAAGAAAUAUAUAAUUUACAAAGACUAGUUAUUGUAAGAGGGUUUCUGAACGUUUCAAAUGGGUUUUUUUUAUCAGCAUGCACUGUUGUGUACACAAUAUAAUUUAUAGAACUUUGUUUAAAACAUCUGAUGUUUAUUUUACAGAGAAGCAUUGUGAUGCAUUUAAGAAUGGAAUUAAAACAAUAAUCCAGCAGUUACUGUAUCUAUAUAGAACGUUUCCUGAAAGUUCUAUUAAAUGUACUAAAGAAGGAGGUAUUGUUGAAUAUGCUGAGGGUCUCUGAUGUUAGAUGAUGAUGUUGUAAAUGCACUUUCGGAGCAGGUAAAGGUGAUAUUUACUGUAGGCCUUUGCUAUAGAAAGUUCUUGUUUGAAAUAAUUAGAAGAAUUUCAUUUCCCCCUCAAUGAAAUUAACAGCAGUUAAAUCUUACCAGAGUUUUCAGACCAUCAGGAAGCGUACUUAGUCUAGAAAAAGGAAGAGACCUGUUUAAAGCGUACAUGUUAUUUUAGUGCACUUGGCACUUCUCUGAAAUAUAUUAUGUAAAUAAGUUAUAUUUUUGUUUCUUUGCGAUCUUUUUUGUUCCACUCAGUUUCACUCACAGAUCUAUACUGUAUAUUAUUUAUCUCUAUUCAUUCAGUAUCAAAUAUUUCCAUGAAACUGUUGUCUUAGAUUAAAGGUUUGGAUUUGAGAUGGUGCACUGAUGUCCAUUAGUCUGUCUUGCCAUAUUGAGUUAAACUAGAAAAUGCUGCUAGUUAUAAAUGAAACUUUCUUUCUUACUUGAGUAGUUUUGAAGAUAUUUAACAGAGCACAAAUGACCUGAAAUAAGUGUUGAUAAAGUUUGAUUAAACACAUGAGGAACUGUUUCCACACACUUUUAAUCAAUAAAGAGCACUUCAUAUUUUUAUGGAAAAUUA